AUGUCCAACCCCCCACGCCGCCUUCGUACCAGAACCGCCGAGUUCACUGACCAUUUUCUUCGUCGACGUGAUGAACCAGCACCCCCAAUGCCAGCGAUUGUGCAACCUGAAGCACCCUAUGCUCAGAGCGGCAAAUCCAAGCGCAGCCUGCCCUCCUUCCUUGGCUUUGCGUCUAAACGAAAGUCUUACAACCCGCCUCGCGAUUCUCAGGACUCUUAUCCUUCGUUUGCGGAGCCAUCCUCACCACGAAACCCGGCGGGACUAUCAUCACUGCUAGGCCCAGAAAUCAUCUCGUCCUCUAACCCCAACUCGGUGGAUAUUCCUCGUAGCUCUCGCGGAUCAACCUCCACUGCUCCUUCCUUCACGAAAUUAUCCUCCCCGUCUCUGGUACCAGGUCGCUCCCCCGCACUUUCUUCUCCGCUCAAACGCAGAUCGUCGCCUCCUAAGGUGUCACCCACCGAGGAGUCCCAAACCUUUCAUACCCCGCCCUCAUCCCCUAGCAAGAGCUCGUCAGCGCGUUUGCCUCCUUCUCCAUCUCGCACCACUUCCAAUAGGUCAUCGAAAGAGCACACAACAUCUUCCCGGCCUGUCAUCACGGUCUCUUCCUCUGGCUCUUCGACGGAGCAUGCCCAGGACGCUCAUGACGAAAGCUUGUUCACAUGUCCGCGUACGCCCCCCGCACCACCAAAACAAACCUCUCGAGCCCCUAGUUUCUCGUCGACAUCAAGACCGCACCGCCAAGCUGACGCGAAUUCCUUCCCCGGACCUUCUAGAACGAGCGACUCAUCACCGUCCUCGUCCCUUCGCCGAAAUCCAUCUUCCACCUCUCAGAAGGCAUCCCCUUCCCCUCCCUCUGGACUUCCCACCCGAUCACCCAGCAGGCUCGUCUCGAGUCGAUCUACUCCACAGAAUGGUUCGAUUGCGCGCAACCGUCCAGCAGCACAGCAACCUUCUCGCCCGCAACAUAUGAGGGCGAUAUCAUCCGAUGCCGGUGCUGAACUCGCCUUCCUCGACGGGCCCUUCGAUCCCUCACCUUCGUCCGGACUCUCGAACACUCGCCCGUCAUCUCCUUCCAACACGUCUCAGGAGCUAGAAGACAUCCUUGAGCUCACAUCUUUCACCACCCCGUUCGACUUUCCUCCUCGUGAAGAGUCUCCUACUCUGGCGUCAGAGCCAGAAAUUCCUGCGAGGACGUCGUCGCUCGCUCGAGCUUCACCGGUUGCUACACUUGGCUCCGUCAAACCUAGGUGCACGGUUGCCCAUGCGAACAAAACCAGGAGAGUCGAGAAGUUCAGCUUCCACCGAAAGUCCACGGGGGUCACCAGACCCGGACUACCGCGAAACCUCUCCUCAUCGUCGCUCGCUCGUUCACGCCCAACAGCAUCGGCCAUCCCUCCCGCCUCCGCACCCCCAGUCGGACCUCUUCCGUCAGCGCCUUCCCGCUCACACUCCCCUCUCGUCAACAAAUCCCCAGCGAUGAGCAGCCUCAGUCGCACGACAUCCACUUCAGGCUCCUCCACCCGUUCCCUCGCACUUUCAUUAUCCGCCCUCUCGCAUCGCUCCGGUGCGGACUCCACACGCACUCUAGCAAAUUCGAAUUCGAAGUCUGAUCCUGCGUCGGCGAAGAAGAUAUCUCGUUCUCCGUCGGGGAAAGGGUUAUCUUCGAUGCCUUCGUCGAGUUCGCUGGGCGCGACGUCGUCAAUCGCUAGUUCAAGGACCCUCGUCUCGACUUCCGGAUCUACGUCACGGUCUUUGUCUACGGCGGGAAGCCUACCUGGGCAUAUGCCUGAGAUCGACGACAUGCCGAGUGUACCGUCCAUGGCUUCCGUUCCGGCUCGUAAGAUGUCUGGUGCACGGGCAGCGUCGAGAGUUAGGGCUAUCACUGCACCCUCUCAGCCUCUACACAUUCAAACUGGGCAGCCUUCGUCACAGACACCUCCUUCUUCUGGAUCUUCUGGACAGACGAUGACGACGCCGACGUUUGUGAGACCGAAGGACGAAAAGGACAAGGAGAAAAUCAAGAAGUCUGCUUCGCAGCUCACGCCAGUCUCUUCACUUUUCUCGAUAUCUCCGCGUUCAACAACAUCGGCUUCGUCGCCGACGCCGACAUCGACAUCGCCGCCCUCUUCGCUCUCGCCCGUUCUUCGCAACGCUAACAUCAGGACGAGCACCACCACCGGCGUCUCCAAACGCAUCGCAUCUCUCUCCUCCGCAUCCGAGUCUGAAUCCUCGUCCUCACAGUUCCCGCCCGUUGCACUUCCGUUAGCAGUCCGUCUUCGAAUAGCGACGGAUAAGAACGAUGCAUUGGAAAAGAGGAAUCGAAUACUCGAGAAGGAGAACAGCACGCUUGCGGAGGAGAAGGAGGUGUUGGCGGCAAGGGUGAUGGAGUUAGAGAAAGCGGCGAGGAGGAAGGAGGGAGAGUUGAGAGGACUGAGGUGGUUGAUCGUGAAUGGGCCGCAGGGGUUAGAUAAGUCGGAGAAUCAGUUUUUAUCUGUUCCAGGUGAUGGAGGCGGUCUCGAGUUGAGCGUGGCUCUCGACGGCCUCGAUGGAUCGAUGACGAGCACGACGGAGUCGCCAUCCCCGAGCGCGAGUCUUCUCGGCGGUGCCACGGGUUCCGAUGCGAAGUGGGGAAGCAGCAGCAGCCCUGGGUCGACGCAGGAUAGCGGGGUGUACAGCAAAUUAUUUGGCCGGGGGAACAGCGACGAAGAGGCUUUCGAAGGGAUAGGCGAGGCGGAAGGGGAGAGUGGUGGAGGUGAGAUGGAGGUGAAUGUGACGAUGACGAGACCUUUGCCCGUCACCCUUUCAAGGCGGACUUCCAGGGUCUCGCUCUCGUCGAGGUCGUCUGAUAAAGAGAAGGAUAGGGGUCGGAAUAGGUCGACGAGUCAGGUUUCGGGGAUGACUAUGGGGUCGUCGAUAUCCGGGCUUGGGAUCGACGUCUCGGGGUCGGAGUCACCGUCAAUGCUGGGAUACCAUCUUCCAAGGCUCGGAGAGUCUUCGCCCAGUCCCAGCAGGGCUCGUACACCGGUCUCUCCUUCCGCUUCAGAGCUGUCCUUCACGCUCGCUGCAAUUGCGGAGAUUGAUGCGCAGACCGACCCUCAGACGGAGUUUCUUUCAGACGCUAUGGACGAAGCGGAGCGAGAUCGGGAAUGGAUGACCCAGUUUGAGGAGGAGGAAUUGCGGAGGAGGGAGAAGGACGAGCGGAGAGCGUCGAAGGCUUUGAAGAGACUCUCGAAUUCGGCGGUGUUGAAUGGUGGGGAGGCUGUGGAAGCCGCAGUGGUGAGCAGCGAGCAUUCGUCACACGGUUUGGACUGGAAGAGGAGGCCUUCCAUUGCGCAGGUGAUGGAGAGCGAUAGGGAGAUGGAGGUGGGGAUGGAGGAGGCGUUGGGGAAGUUGAGGGUUUUUGGUGGUUACGCGUCGGAUUCGUACUCAUCGUAG